CUCUUCUUCUUCAAAUUAAACGGGAAAAGCAGAGAAAGAAGUCCGCUAACGGGAGCUCACCUCGGAUCAUCGCAGGCUUCUUCUCUUUCUUCUCAGCCUCCACUCCUUUUCGAUUCUCUUGCAUUCACUACCAACCCGCAAACAUGCAGUUAAUAGACCGAGAAAGGUAGAAUAAACAAACACCGAAAUCUCAAAGCGUCUUUUUCGUCUUUUUCUGGUUUACAUUUGCUCUGUAGCUUCCUUCUUGGAUUCCUGAAGCUUCCUCCUACUGUCUUCGCGCCUUCUGAUCUUUUCCUUCGUUGUUCUGAUAUAACACGCUUGUUCUCAAUGGAGAAAACGCUACUUUUUUAGGUACUUAUUUAGAAAGGAAAAAAAAUAAUAAUAAGAAGAAGAAAGAGGAUAAGCAGGAGGAGAAAAACUGGAGGGUUUGGAUCCAGAGGGAAGGUGGUGAUGGAGAGUUACUUGAAUGAGAAUUUUGGAGGAGUGAAGCCUAAGCACUCCUCCGAGGAAGUGUUGCAGAAAUGGAGGAAUCUUUGUGGAGUGGUGAAGAACCCAAAGCGGAGGUUUCGAUUCACUGCAAAUCUAUCAAAGCGUUACGAAGCCGCUGCUAUGCGCCGAACCAAUCAGGAGAAGUUGAGGAUUGCAAUUCUUUCUGACAACUCAUCUCUAAAUUUCUGCAGGUGUAUCUCAAGUGACUAUAAAGUACCAGAGGAAGUCAAAGCUGCUGGAUUUGAUAUAUGUGCGGAUGAGCUAGGAUCCAUAGUUGAAGGCCAUGAUGUAAAGAAACUAAAGUUUCAUGAUGGAGUGUCCGGAAUUGCAAAAAAGCUUUCCGCGUCAACGACAAGCGGGCUUACAACAGAAGGGGAUCUAUUCCAUCGCAGGCAAGAGGUUUUUGGAAUCAACAAGUUUGCUGAGACUGAAUCUAGAAGCUUUUGGGUGUUUGUUUGGGAAGCUCUUCAUGACAUGACUCUUAUGAUCCUUGGUGUGUGUGCUUUUGUAUCUCUCAUCGUUGGCCUAGCAAUGGAAGGAUGGCCAAAGGGAGCUCAUGAUGGUCUUGGUAUUGUUGCAAGUAUCCUCUUGGUUGUGUUUGUGACUGCAACAAGUGAUUACCGCCAAUCCUUACAGUUCAAGGAUUUGGACAAGGAGAAAAAGAAGAUUACUAUUCAGGUCACAAGAAAUGGAUUCAGGCAGAAAAUGUCCAUAUAUGAUUUGCUUCCUGGUGACAUUGUUCAUCUUGCAAUUGGAGAUCAAGUUCCUGCAGAUGGGCUUUUUGUUUCAGGGUUUUCUGUGGUUAUUGAUGAAUCAAGUUUGACGGGUGAGAGUGAACCGGUAAUGGUGAAUGCUGAAAAUCCUUUUCUGCUUUCUGGAACCAAGGUUCAAGAUGGGUCAUGCAAGAUGAUGGUCACCACUGUUGGGAUGAGGACUCAGUGGGGGAAAUUGAUGGCAACUCUUAGUGAAGGGGGUGAUGAUGAAACUCCGUUGCAGGUGAAAUUGAACGGAGUUGCAACCAUUAUUGGGAAGAUAGGCCUUUUCUUUGCUGUUGUGACUUUUGCCGUUUUGGUGCAAGGAUUAUUUACCCGGAAACUGCAAGAGGGGACUCAUUGGAGCUGGGCUGGGGAUGAGGCACUACAGUUGUUGGAGUAUUUUGCUAUUGCAGUUACAAUUGUUGUUGUUGCAGUUCCAGAAGGUCUUCCAUUGGCUGUCACUCUUAGUCUUGCCUUUGCCAUGAAGAAGAUGAUGAAUGACAAAGCUCUUGUCCGGCACCUUGCAGCUUGUGAGACUAUGGGAUCAGCAACUAGUAUUUGCAGUGACAAAACUGGGACUUUAACAACCAAUCACAUGACGGUGGUAAAAUCCUGCAUUUGCAUGGAUAUCAAGGAAGUAGAAAAUAAAGGUCCAAACUUGAGUUUUGAAAUCUCAGAUUCUGCUCGAAAAAUUCUGCUGCAAUCAAUAUUCAAUAACACUGGGGGUGAAGUUGUGGUUAACAAAGACGAGAAACUUGAGAUUCUGGGAACACCCACAGAGACUGCUAUACUAGAGUUUGGACUGUCUCUUGGUGGAGAUUUCUUGGCUGAGAGACAAGCAUACAAAAUUAUUAAAGUUGAGCCUUUCAACUCUACAAAGAAAAGGAUGGGGGUGGUACUGGAGCUCCCGGAAGGAGGUCUACGAGCCCACUGCAAAGGUGCUUCGGAAAUAGUUUUGGCUGCUUGUGAUAAGGUGCUUAUUUCAAAUGGUGAGGUUGUUCCCCUUGAUGAAGUAUCCUUGAACCAUCUAAAUGUUACCAUCAAUCAGUUUGCAAGUGAGGCUCUUCGAACUCUUUGUCUUGCAUAUAUGGACCUGAAGAAUGGAUUCUCUCCAGAAGAUCCUAUUCCUCUUUCAGGGUAUACAUGUAUAGGAAUUGUGGGUAUAAAAGACCCUGUUCGUCCUGGUGUCAAAGAAUCUGUAGCAGUCUGCCGUGCAGCUGGUAUCACCGUGCGGAUGGUUACAGGAGAUAACAUAAAUACUGCAAAAGCUAUAGCUAGGGAAUGCGGGAUUCUCACUGAUGAUGGUAUUGCUAUUGAAGGUCCAGAUUUCCGAGAGAAGACUCAAGAGCAAUUGCUUGAAUUAAUUCCUAAGAUUCAGGUGAUGGCUCGAUCUGCCCCAAUGGAUAAGCAUACUCUCGUAAAGCACUUGCGAACAACCUUUGAUGAAGUUGUUGCAGUGACUGGUGAUGGAACUAAUGAUGCUCCUGCACUUCAUGAAGCAGAUAUUGGACUUGCAAUGGGCAUUGCUGGAACUGAGGUGGCUAAGGAGAGUGCUGAUGUUAUCAUUCUGGAUGACAAUUUCACCACAAUUGCAACUGUGGCCAAGUGGGGACGUUCCGUUUACAUAAACAUUCAAAAGUUUGUACAGUUCCAGCUAACAGUAAAUGUGGUUGCAUUGAUUGUUAACUUCUCUUCAGCCUGUCUCACAGGAAGUGCUCCUCUCACAGCUGUUCAGUUAUUGUGGGUCAAUAUGAUUAUGGAUACUCUGGGAGCACUUGCGUUAGCAACAGAACCUCCAAAUGAUGAACUGAUGAAGCGCUCUCCUGUUGGAAGGAGAGGAAAUUUUAUCAGCAAUGCCAUGUGGAGGAAUAUCUUAGGACAAUCUCUUUAUCAGUUUAUCAUCAUAUGGUGUCUUCAGGCAAAAGGAAAGGCAUACUUUGGUCUUGAUGGACCCGAUUCUGAUCUGAUCUUGAACACACUUAUCUUCAACUCCUUCGUUUUCUGUCAGAUCUUCAAUGAAAUAAGCUCACGUGAGAUGGAGGAAAUCAAUGUCUUUAGAGGAAUCUUAGAUAACUAUGUGUUUGUGGGUGUUCUCGGCUGCACAGUGUUGUUCCAGAUCAUAAUCAUUGAGUUCCUGGGCACAUUUGCAAACACAUCACCUCUUACUUCCUCACAGUGGUUCGCGAGUGUCUUCGUUGGCUUCUUGGGCAUGCCAAUUUCUGCUAUUUUGAAGAUGUUUCCGGCAUAGAAAAGAGCCAGGAGGACUAUCUUUCUGAAGUACCCUUAAGAUGAUGCCUAAGCUCAGGUACAGAAGCUUCUGAGACACCUCCUUAAAAUGGUAGAUUUGUGAAGUGAAGAAACACUAACAGUCAGGGUAGAAUUAUCAUGAAAAAGAAGCAUCAACAACUUGGGAUCUUUUUACUGUCUUUCACAUACACUUUCUUCUGCGUUGUCUAAUUAAUGCUAAAAAAAUUUCAAGCAUUAUUCUGGAUUGGUAACUGUAGGAUGAGAACAAGGUUCCUUAAAUUUUGUAAGUUUUGUUCCACAUAUAUAUGGAAAUCUCUCUUUUUUUUCUUCUCA